UCGGGUAUCGCGACACUUAGAAUCGGUUGUCGGCUUCACACACUUACAGUUUGCGUCAGCGUCUCUAAAACAACGCGAGAGCUGAAGCUGCCCGUGAAUGAGUGACAAGUGACAAGAAGGAAAAUGGAGGGGGUUAAGGAGGUCAGCGGUGAUAAUGAUGAAAAGAUUUUCAAUGCACCGGGGAAACAUAAAUCCAAAGUGUGGACUGUUUUUGGGUUUUACAAGAAGGAAGGGAAGCUCGACAGAAGCCGUGCUGUUUGUAAGCUGUGUAGAGCAUCCUUAACGUACACCGGCAGCACUACAAAUCUCGACCAGCAUGCUAGGAGGAGACACGGUCAGGAAUACAUCGGUGAGACCCGCACCAACGAGCAGGAGCGCACUGCAAGCAGUAGCACACAGCCGGUUAUUUCUAACAUGUUUGCGCAACUUGGUCAAAACUCAGCACGUGCCAAGGAAAUCACAGCAUCAAUAACGCGUUUUAUCGCUAAAGGAUUAUGUCCGUAUAAUAUAGUUGAGUGGGAAGGAUUUCAGGAUUUGAUCCAUACAUUAGAGCCCAGGUAUAAGAUACCCUCCCGAAAUCAUAUCACCAACACGUGCAUGCCAGCGUUGUAUACACAAGUUAAGAGCCAAGUUGAAAAAGAACUGGCAAAUGCAGAGCGAGUGGCAAUAACAAGUGACGCUUGGACGUCAUGUGCAACGGAGUCUUAUGUGACGAUCACAGCCCACCACAUCACUCCGGAUUGGACGUUAAAUGUUCAUGUGUUGCAGACCAGGGCAUUCAAAGGAUCUCACACUGGAAAGAAUAUUGGUGCUCUACUGAAACAGGCAUGUAUUGACUGGAAACUUUUUGAUAAAGAGCCAGCCCUGGUAACGGACAAUGCUUCAAACAUGGUUUUAGCUGGCGUGGAAGCAGAGAUGAGCCCUCACCUCAUGUGCUUCGCACACACUAUAAAUCUGGCCACACAGAAAGCCUUCAAAGUGGACACAGUAGAAAGGUUGCUGGGAAGGGUGAGGAGAGUGGUUGGCUUUUUUCACCGCAGUGUCAGAGCAGCAGAAAUUUUACAAGACAAACAGAAACAACUGGCCUUGCCUAUCCACAAACUCAUCCAAGAUGUGUCCACCCGUUGGAACAGUUCCCAUGACAUGCUUGAACGCUUACUGGAACAACAGCCUGCCAUUUCUGCUGCACUCAUGUCCAGGGAUCUCAGAAGAGGAGAAGAGGUUAACACUCUUAAGGACAAAGACUUCUGCGAUGUUGUAGAUAUUGUGAAGCUGAUGGCGCCGGUCAAACUUGUGACCACCAGCAUGUGUGAAGACAAGCGGCCCACACUCUCAAUGAUUUGUCCUGUCAGAGCAAAGCUUAAAAAGAACUUUGAAGCAUCAGAUGAAGACUCAGCGGUAAUCAGAGAGAUGAAACAAGCAUUCAGAAAUGACUUGGAGAAGCGCUACACUGGCCUGGAUGAUCUGUUCUACACUGCAGCAGCUCUGGACCCCCGCUUCAAGUCUCUGCCCUUCCUGACUGACCAUGAUGCUGAGCGGACGUUCACAAGCAUAACAGCAGAAGCUACAUCCCUGCAUAACAAGGCAACAGGGGAUCCAAUUCAGAGAGGCCCACUGCAGACAAAUCCAUGUCAGACUGAACCUGCCCUUGGAGAUCUGGACAUUAGCAUUGAUGCACCCCAGACCCAAGAUGAGCCUAAAGAUGAUGACCCUCCUCUCAAAAAGAAGAAAAUGUCAGCGUUGGACCAGCUGUUGGGAAAAGACUUUGAAGUGAGGAUGGGAGCUAGAUCUGUAAGAGACAAGGCCAACGAAGAAGUCAAGAGGUACAGAGAGCGUCAUCUGUUGUCCCUGCAAAAAAACCCACUGCAGUGGUGGAAAGAGCAGCAGGACUUGCCACUGCUGUCGUCUCUGGCUAAAAAAUACCUCUGUAUCCCGGCCACCAGUGUGGCAUCUGAGCGGGUGUUUAGUACUGCGGGAGAUAUUGUUUCCUCUAAACGCAGUCUACUCAAACCUGAGCACGUGGAUCAAUUGAUAUUCCUGAAGAAAAACCUGUCCCCCAAAAACAACAAGGAUAGUGAGACUUGA